AUGAGUUCCAAUAUUGGUUUAACCAUUAGACAAGCUGUCCCAUCUGUUGAUCCAAUAGUUGCUAAUUAUGCAGUUGGUUAUAUGCAACAUAUUUCACAAUCAACUGAAGAUUCAGUAUUAAGUCAACAAAUAAAUAUUAGUCAAGAAUUAACAUUUAUUAAAGAUUUAUUAAUUCAAGCUGGGGGAAAUGUUGAUAAAAUUAAUCAAUUAUAUGAUAAAUUAUUAACAGAUUUGUCAAAUAAACUAAAUGAGAAUAAGGAAAAACUUGCCUUGACUGGAGACACAUCAAAAAGACUACUUGAUAUAAAUAUUUUAAAUCAAAAUAAAAAUAAAAGAGAUAUUAAUUCAAGUCUUGCAUUAUUAUCUGCAUCUAAUGAUAUUGAACAUACUGGAAGAAAAAUGGAAUCAAAAGUGGAUAAAAAGAAAUUAGAAAAACAAGAACGUAAAAUUGCAAAAAAAGUAGCUAAACGAAAUAAUAAAUUUGUUCAAUAUGAAGCUUCUAAAUUAAUAAAUGAAACUCAAGAACAAGAUUAUGAUUCAUUCUUUUUAGAAAUUAAUCCAUUGGAAUUUGGUAGUUCUGCUGGUAAGUCUAAAGAUAUUAAAAUUGAUAAUUUUGAUUUAUAUGUUGGUGAUGGUCAACGUAUUUUAAGUGAGGCUAGUUUGACAUUAGCUUAUGGUAGAAGAUAUGGUUUAGUUGGACAAAAUGGUAUUGGUAAAUCAACAUUAUUAAGGGCUUUAUCAAGGAGAGAAUUAAAUAUUCCAAAACAUAUUACUGUAUUACAUGUUGAACAAGAAAUUAGAGGUGAUGAUACUCCAGCAUUACAAAGUGUGCUUGAUGCAGAUGUAUGGAGAAAGAGUUUAAUACAAGAAGAAUCAAAAAUAAAUGAAAGAGUAGUUGAGAUUGAAAAAUUAAGAAAAGAAUUUGAUGAAGAAUCAUUGGAAGUUAAGAAAUUAGAUAAUGAAAGAGAAGAUUUAGAAAACCACCUAACUGAAAUUAGUGAGAAAUUGUAUGAAAUGGAAUCAGAUAAAGCUGAAUCAAAAGCUGCUGGGAUUUUAUAUGGUUUAGGAUUUACUAAAGAAACACAAAAUUUACCAACUAGACAAUUUUCAGGUGGUUGGAGAAUGAGAUUAUCAUUAGCUAGGGCUUUGUUUUGUCAACCUGAUUUAUUAUUAUUAGAUGAACCAUCAAAUAUGUUGGAUGUUCCAAGUAUUACAUUCUUGGCUAAAUAUUUACAAAAUUAUAAAUCAACAGUAUUAGUAGUUUCACAUGAUAGAGCAUUUUUAAAUGAAGUAGCAACUGAUAUAAUCCAUCAACAUUCAGAAAGAUUAGAUUAUUACCGUGGUUCCAAUUUUGAUUCAUUUUAUUCUACUAGAGAAGAAAGAAUUAAAAAUCAAAAAAGAGAAUAUGAAAAUCAAAUGGCUUAUCGUAAACAUUUACAAGAAUUUAUUGAUAAAUAUAGAUAUAAUGCAGCAAAAGCACAAGAAGCACAAUCAAGAAUUAAAAAAUUGGAAAAAUUACCAAAUAUUGAACCUCCAGAAGAUGAUAAAAUUGUUACUUUUAAAUUUCCAGAACCUGAUAAAUUAUCACCACCAAUUUUACAAAUGCAAGAUGUUAAAUUUGGUUAUUCAUUAGAUAAAAUAUUAUUUUCAAAUGUUAAUUUAGAUGUUUCAAUGGAUUCAAGAAUUGCAUUUUGUGGUGGGAAUGGUACUGGUAAAACAACAUUACUAAAAUUAAUAAUGGAUAAAAUAACACCCACCUCAGGAUUUAUAAAUAAGAAUGGUAGAUUAAGAAUUGGAUAUUUUGCACAACAUCACGUUGAAGCAAUGGAUUUAUCACAGUCUGCAGUUACAUGGAUGUCUCAAACAUUUCCAGGGAAAACUGAUGAAGAAUAUAGACGUCAUUUAGGUUCUUUUGGAAUUACUGGUUCUUUAGGUUUACAGAAAAUGCAAUUAUUAUCAGGGGGUCAAAAAUCAAGAGUUGCAUUUGCCGCAUUAUGUUUAAAUCAACCACACAUUCUAAUAUUAGAUGAACCUUCAAAUCAUUUAGAUACUCAAGGUUUAGACGCUUUAGCAGAUGCUUUGAAUAAUUUUAAAGGUGGUAUUUUGAUGGUUUCUCAUGAUGUUUCAAUGAUUGAUAGAGUAUGUAAUGAAAUUUGGGUUGCUGAAGAGAAUACAAUUGUGAAAUUUAAUGGUGAUAUAUUUGCGUAUAAAAAACAUAUUUUAGAAAAUGCUGAUAUUGCCGGUGUUGUGAAAAAACAUUAA